AUGUGUUGCGGCAUCCUUGAUGCGGUUGAGGAUUGCUUCAAGUUCGUUGUGGCGGUUGCCUGUUGCCUAGUCCUCGGUGGUCCAGCCCUUAUCAUCGCGGGCAGCGUACUCCUCAGUCAGGACGACGGGCGAAAGGCUUACAACGAGGCCGUGAAGGAGUUUGACCCUGCCCCCAUCAACGCGUGGACUGGGACGAUUAACGGUGUGCCGACGAACGUGGUACGCAAGGCGCUAAACGUCCACGGUGCGAGUGGGGCCACGUCUGUCUUUGCGGAAGCCGUCAUUCCAGUUCGCGAUCCGUCUUCAACGCUUCCAGUUUCGGUGAACGUUGCCACUGUCGCCCCUUUCACUAGAUACGCCUUCUUCAAGAUUAGGAAGAGGUCGCAGUACGAGUGUUCUUCAACCGACUGUGGAAGACGCAGGAAUUGCGUGUGUAAUGCUGCUCUUAUUCGAUUCGAAGAUAAUUGCAGGGCAUCAGGUGGAACCUUUACUCACUUGCCUGGGCCGUGUGUGUUAGGCAGUAUUUGCGGUGAAUGCAAGCAAACACUAUAUCUCACUCAGCUGUACCUUGUGGCGCAGGAGAUCAGCAAGGGAAAGUACAUUGAGGACACUUCCCUCCUAAGUGCCAAGUACGAUUUCGGUGCAUUUGCCAACGACUAUCAGCCGACUGCGCCAGGCAGCGUUACGGUGCGCCUCUACAGCGACAAGGACCCCUACAUCGCUCUGCAGCGUGCGACAAAAGGAACUGACAAAUUCGGUCCGAAACCACGUACUGUUGGUAUUGUACUCAUUGUCCUUGGUUCCCUAUUUCUGCUGCUGGAAAUUGGUGUUUGCGUGGCGAUCAUUUGCUACUGUAUGCGGCGAAAGAACAAGCCGUCAGGUGGGCCGUCUGAGUUACCAGUUGGCGCGCCGGCAACAUCGGGUAUUCCCGGUAACGUCCCACCGUAUUCUUAUGGACAGCCCGCGCAGCAAAUGGAAACGAACUACCCAUAUGCUCAGCCUCCGCCGGGAUACUCGUAUGGUCAGCCUCCACCAGCACAGGGAUACUCGUAUGGUCAGCCUCCACCAGCACAGGGAUACUCGUAUGGUCAGCCUCCACCAGCACAGGGAUACUCGUAUGGUCAGCCUCCACCAACGUACCCAUAUGGUCAACCGGCAACAGCACAGGGAUACACGUAUGAUCAACCGGCAUCUGCACAGGGAUACACUUAUGGUCAACCGGCACCAGCACAGGGAUACACUUAUGGUCAACCGGCACCAGCACAGGGAUACAAGUAA